AUGGCCGAUCACUUUGGGGCGGCUGAAAUCCCUCGUUCCGGGUCACCGGAGAAGCAUGUCAGUGUAGCUGAAGGACAAGAAGAAGUGAAUGAUUGUCCAAUUGAGCAAGUAAGGCUAACAGUUCCGAUCACCGACGAUCCAUUGGUGCCGGUUCUAACGUUUCGGACAUGGGUUCUUGGGAUGACAUCAUGUGCCAUUUUAGCCUUCCUGAAUCAGUUUUUCGGGUAUCGGCAGAAUCAGCUAUACAUUUCAUCAAUAUCAGCACAGAUUAUCACUCUUCCUUUAGGAAGGUUGAUGGCAGCCACACUUCCAACUGCUCAGAUUCGUGUUCCAUUUACAAAGUUGUCGUUUUCGCUCAAUCCUGGACCGUUCAAUCUGAAAGAGCAUGUCUUGAUCACCAUAUUUGCCAAUGCUGGAUCAAACAGUGUUUAUGCUGUGAAUAUUAUUACCAUUGUCAAGGCUUUCUAUCAUAGGGACCUCCAUCCUUUGGCUGCUUAUUUGCUCUCCCAGACUACUCAGAUGCUCGGGUACGGCUGGGCUGGAAUGUUCAGAAAAAUCCUGGUGGACUCCCCCUAUAUGUGGUGGCCCUCAAGCAUGGUCAGCAUCUCUCUGUUCAGAGCACUGCAUGAGAAAGAAAAGAGACCCAAGGGAGGACUAACAAGGUUACAAUUCUUCUACAUGGUGUUCAUAUCAAGCUUCGCCUAUUACCUUCUCCCAGCCUAUCUUUUCCCCUCCAUAACCACAAUUUCCUUCGUCUGUUUAAUCUGGAAGAACUCCAUAACUGCACAACAGCUCGGUUCAGGUCUCCAUGGCCUCGGCAUCGGCUCGAUCGGACUCGACUGGUCCACCAUUGCUGGCUUCUUAGGAUCUCCUCUCACGUACCCAGUCUUCGCCAUUGUCAACAUUAUGGCUGGCUUCUUCAUCAUUGUCUAUAUUGUAGUCCCUACUGCAUAUUGGCUUAAUGCCUACGAGGCAAAGAAAUUUCCAUUCAUUUCCUCUCAUACUUUCGAUUCAACUGGUCAUCCUUAUAAUAUUUCCAGGGUUUUGAAUGAGAAAACUUUUGAUCUUGAUGAAGCUGGGUAUAAUGGUUACAGCAAACUCUACCUCAGUGUCUUUUUUGCCAUGACAUAUGGGUUGAGUUUUGCAACUCUGACGGCUACUGUUUCACAUGUUGCACUCUUCCAUGGCAAGUAA